AUGCUAUCCAGAAAGGUCCGGCUGCCAAACAAGCCUCUGGUGAUUAUGUCUCUGCAGGAUUCUGUCUACAUCGGGGAUGCUCACGGAAAUGUGUAUGAAAUGAAGCCUCCAUACACCAUCCCGACUGUUAUAUUCCGGUCUUCUGGACCUGUGUCUGCACUGGGUGCUGGAAAACAUCUGUACUAUGGCAACUGGGAUGGGGAUGUAGGGAUUAUUAACGGGAAGAAGAUCAACCUGGGGAAUCACAUGGUGAAGUGCAUGCAAGUUCAUGGGGGGCUGGUGUAUGUUUCUGUAGGACUGGUGGUGUACGGCCUAAGCGCUGACCUGAGGAUAGAAUGCUCCUAUGAGGUUAAAUACAAGGUCCUGUGCAUGAGCACUUUCGAAGGAUCCGUCUACUGUGGAAUGGGUGUACCAUUUCUGUCGCGCAUCCAUAAUGGAUUUGAGACUAUCGGAAGGAGUAUGCACGACACCUCCAUUUUUUGUAUCUGCGGAGAGUACACCGGGUCUGCAGACGGAAGAGUUCUGAAACAAGACUACUCCCGGUUGGAUGGUGCUGAAGAGAUCUACAAGGGGAACGGCUGGAUUAGGUCGAUGGACAGCCAGCAUCUAUUUUCUGACGGAGGACAUGUGAUGGCAGACAUCGACGGACUAAAGGGAAACGGUGGGUCCGGGAUUAGGUCCAUAUACUCCCAUGAGGCGGAUGUGCUCGGGGUGAUCAGGGUGGGUAGCAGGAUUAUUUCCAUUGGGCUAGACUAUUGCUACUGCAUCUUUGAGAUGGAGCCAAGUCUCAGUGUGGAGGAGGAGAUGGAGCUGGCCAAGCUUAUGGAUGAAUAG